UAGACUUAGAAAAGCCAACACUAGCAAACAUCUUAGCACUGAAUGCUUUUGCUCACCAUGAUAUCAUUACUCUACCUCUCGGCAUCAAUCAGACUGUGACUACAGAGACACUAGAUGUGGUUGAGGAUGUAACAUCAAGGAUACCUAAACUGGGCGGGCUCUUUAACAACCUUAUCUUUGGUAAACUCUGGGUUUAA